AUGUCGAGCUUCCGCAGUAUAGACGUCAAAGCACCACACAUCCAGCAGCUUCAGUACGAUAUACAGCUCGAGCUGGCCGCACGCGACUACUCUUCCCAAGAUGAUCCCGUCAUGGCAGAGUACAUUGUGGUGAUGCUCGCCAACCAAAAGACGCCUGAACAGAUCACCUCCGAGAUGAACGAUCUCAUCGGAGCAGAAUAUGACGCUGCUUUCACGGAUUGGAUCUGGAGCGCAACCCAAAACUGUCUCGACACUCAUGCUGCUUCUUCGACUGCUGCUCCAAGCAGCAGCUCUGUUGAUGCAUCCCUGCCAGCAUCACAUUCCACCACUAUCGAGCUAGGCCCCUCAUCCGAGUUGCCAGAACCUACACGCAACUUCCGUCAGAGGCGUAGCAGAUCGCCUCAGGCGGGGUCUGGAGCAGCAUCACGUGCCCGCGAGCAAAGAAGGAGCCGCUCGCCUACCGCUCGCCAUGCAAACGAUUACAGACACUCCGGGAGCAGGUCGCCACCAUCACGCCUAUCCACGCUUGACCGUCUAGACCGCAGACAGCGAGACUACAGCAGCAAUGAAGCGUGGCGAAAGUCGAUAUCGCUGCGAAGCAACGACGAACCGCCUUUUGACGGCGAAGCGUUUUGGCACUCGAAAGCCGAAGAGCGACGUAGAAACCCACCUCCACCGGUGAACAACAGGGCGGGCGGUGUAAGGGAAACGAGGAUUUUCAAUGCGGCAUACGGUCAAGCUGUUCGGAAUGGGAGCGGUAAAUCAGGGAGGGAACUGUUUCCCAAAACUGAAGACAACGAUGAACCUCUUCCACCGUACCAAGAGUCCGCCGGUCUCAGCAUCUUUGGCCGUGCGGGCGUCCCCGAUCCACGGGCAGCAGCAUUCGUCCCAUCCUCGGCAGCUAUGGAGACAGCAGAAGUUGCCGAAACUUCUUCCACCUUCGCCUUGAAUCCAACCGUGCAGUCGUCGACGUCCAUCUUUGCGCGCAUCGAUCCGAUGCUGCCCAACAACCAACCACUUCCAGCCGCCGUUCCUGAAGGCACGCUUCCCGCUCACUCUAGCGACUUUCCCACUCAGCCUACCGAGACGUCGAUCUGCCGAUGGAACGUGGGCUGCACCAACCCCAUGUGCCCAUACUCGCACGCCUCGCCCGCCAACGCUGGUCCCAAUGGCGACCCGAACGCGCUCGUGCUGAGCCAGCAGAAUUGUCGUUACGGCGCGCGGUGCAUCAACAAGGACUGCAUGCGAAGUCAUGUCAGCCCUGCCGUCGCAAAGAUUCAGGCUCGUUCUGCAGCGCCCGUGUCGUUCAACGCUGCCUCGACCGUGUCCACCGCACCCACCGCAACCACUGCAGCAGCAGCGGUGGCGCCUCCUACACUCUCAAUGGACGCCGCGCUUCCCAGCCACUCCGGGUCGAGACCGUGCCGGUUCGGCGCGGCGUGCACGCGUGCUGAUUGCUUCUUUUCGCAUCCUCCCACGCGCAGCAUUGCUCCGCCGAACAGUAUCGCGUCCGGCACACCGUGCAGGUUCGGCCUAGGCUGCACACGUCCCGACUGCUACUUUGUUCAUCCUCCCGGUCAGCGCGCUAGCGGUGGCGUGGCUACGUCGAACAGGCUGCAGGUAUUCGCACAGAAUGGAGGGGACGACGAGAUGGAGGUUGUCCUUCCUGGCGCAGGACAGGAGCUGGAGCGGGGACGGGAGAGGAGCGGGUCAGAGACGGUAAGGAGCGAGGCUAGUGUGACUACGCCUGCUGUGACGCUGAGUGCUUAA